CACACACACACACAGAUCAGGUCAUCACCGUACCACCAACAACCAUAUGCAUCUAUAUAUAUGCUAUUAGCUCAUCUCACCAUGAUAUAUCAUCGAUCGAACCGAUCGAUCUAUAUAUAUAUAUAUAUAUAGCUAAACACAAGCCAAGAAAGGCAAAACCACAAAACGCUGCACUAUAUAUAUAUCCUUGCAUGGCGCGCAUAUACCCUAGAUAGUGAGAGAUACAAUUACAAUGGAGGAAUCUAUCAGCUCAUCGCGGACUACUGCGUUCUACGGCAACAGCUACUACUGCAUCUACCACCACCACCAACAACAACAACAACCUCCUCCUGCUUUUGUGGCGGCGGCGGCGGCGACAACAUGGUCUGAUUUCGAGGACGCCGACAGCGGCUGGACGGCCUACUUCCUGCAGCUGGCCUCUGACGAGGAGGAGGAGGAGGACGCGUCGGCGUACAAGAGGGCGGAGAAGCAGCAGCUGCGGGAUGUUGGCGGCGUCCUCUAUGGAAGUGGAAGUGGAAGAGGAAGUGCCGCCGGCUCCACGGUCUCCAAGCCCAACAAAGCCAAGGAUAAUAGGAAGACGAAGGUACUACUACUGGAGAAAGGGGUGAAGAAGACCAGAAUUGUCGAGGAGGAAGAUCCACUGCAGGACACGGCUUCUUCUCCACUUGUGCAGCUAAAUAUAAACGGCGGAGAUCCGCAGUACUGAUGAUAUGAUUGGUCUGAAGUCUGAACAUGAUGAUGGAGAGCAUGCAGCAAGUUUGGAGCACUCCUGCAGGGGGCCAGCAGGCCGGCCGGUGUGAGCAUCACAAGUAGCAGAGACCGGGCACCAGUGCAACGUAGAAGAAGUGGUGGAGCUAUAGACAUCGUCGUCAAUGGCAAUGGCAGGAUUGAGACAGAGAAAGUUGGGCCAUCUAUCUGACCGAUAGACAGUGGCAGCAUAUAUAUGCGGCAACUGCACCACCAGUACGUGCAGCGUGCACAAGAGAUGCAUGCAUGCAUGCAUGCAUGCUUAUUACUUGUUUCUCUUAAACUGUAAGUUUGUGGACCCAGCAUAUAUAGCUAGCGGCCGCGUACUGUGUAUGGUUCUAAAGCUGUUUUAACUUGUUUUUACUUUUGCAUCUAGAUUUAUGUUGUGUCUAA